UUGAGCCCCUGGGCCUCUUGGAUCUCGAGCUAGGACGGGCAGCCUGCUAGCGCCUCCGAUCGGUCUCUGGCCCCGACGGCUGAAGGCUGAAGGAUCCGGUGCUGUCUUUGUCCCGAGUAGGCUGUGUGCCUGCUCGGGGCGGAGGGAGGCCCCCCCUCAUCCUCCUCCCCCCCGGGAAGCAAACUUUCCGACUGGAGGUGAUGGAGAAGAGGGGACAGUCUGAGCUCUAAAGCCGCGGUCAGGGCCCACGGGGGGAGGGGCGGCGCUGAGGGCCAGAAGGGUGUGGAGGGAGCGGGAGUCCGAUUUAGGGCUGGCCGUCCCUCCUCCACCCUCCCUUUUUCUUCCUUCCAAUAAGACCCAAAAGGGUUAAAUUCUCUGGAGACGCUCCCCCUCCUCCUUUAGAGUAUCCAUAACAAAGCGCAGGAAAUAGGCAGGUUCCGCGGCAUCCGACUCUCCUGUUCUCCUCCUCCUCCUCUCCGGCCCCUCCUCCAUUACUCUUCCCUCGGGAUAAGCGUAUUUGAAUCUAGCAGAGUUGGGGUGGCUUUGUAUUUCACACUUCCUUUACCCCCUACCCUCCCUAUUCUUCCUUCUCCAGGCCCUCAAAACCCCAUCAUCCUAAGUUGUCCUGUUUUUUCAGCCCCCCCAGAUCUCUCCCUUCUAACCCCCUGGUAGCCAACACUAUGGGGACGUUGGUCUGGGGCUCUCCUGCCCAGAGCCAGCCACCGAGUCAGAGGGAUGCUGGGAAUGAUGUCUGCAGCUAAAGGGACAACAAAUCCCCACACUCGAACGUUCAGGAACGCUUGCAUCCGGGUCACAAGCUUUGAUUAAACGCCUUCUAUGUGCCAGGCUCUGGGCCGAGCGUCGGGGUUUCAAAGAAAGGCACAAACAACCCCAGGGUUCCAGAAGCUCGCAAUCUGCCGGGGGAAAUAAAUGUACCAUCCAACUACUUCUAAGCAGAUUAGCUAGGGGGACUUCAAACUAGAUAGUAAAGCCGAAAAAUCAAAACAGGUGGGACACAGAGUCCAGAACCUGAGCAGGGAAGCGGGAGGAAGGGAGGGAGAUGACAGGGCCCCCUGUCCGGGAAGCCCUCGAGGAAGGCAGCCGAGACCAGGCGGCAGCCAUGGGCGGCCUCUUCCUGGGGCGCCGGGGUCCCCUCGAUCCCAGCAUGGGGAAGAACCCGGGCCGGGUCCGGGGCGGAGGACGAGGGCGAGCGAGCCGGGGAGCCGGGGAGCGGGGAGCCGGCCGGAGAGCGCCGCCUGAUUGACAGCCCGAAAUCUGAUCUGGUGAAAGAGCCCAAGAGCCAAUGGGAGGCGGGGAUCCAUCAGUUUGGCUCGGAGGCCCCUGGAGGAGAAGUGGAGGAAGGACCGCCGAAGCCAGCUCUGGCAGAGGCGCUCUCGGCUUCCGAGGGGGAGGUGCCGGGCAAGGAUUCAUGUUUGGAUUAAAUUGGGAGGGGAGUGUUGGCAGCCCAGCGCCUGGCACAGCCUUCAGGUCGAGAGCCGCGCGGAUCGCGAGGAAACCUCCUCCCCGAUGCUCGGAAGGUAGAGCGCUAAGGAGCUCCGCGUAGCCCGAGCAGCCCCGGCCCGGCCCGGCCCUGCCCCAGCCGCCGCCUGAGGAUGGACGGCUUCUAUGACCAGCAAGUGCCUUACUUGGUCAGCAACAGUCAGCGUGGGAGAAGCUGUAAUGAGAAACCAGCAAAUGUCAGGAAAAGAAAAUUCAUUAACAGAGACCUGGCUCAUGACUCAGAAGAACUCUUUCAAGAUCUGAGCCAAUUACAGGAAACAUGGCUUGCAGAAGCUCAGGUACCUGACAAUGAUGAGCAGUUUGUCCCAGACUAUCAGGCUGAAAGUUUGGCUUUUCAUGGCCUCCCCUUGAAAAUCAAGAAAGAGCCCCACAGCCCGUGCUCGGAGCUGGGCUCGGCCUGCAGUCAAGAGCAGCCCUUUAAGUUCAGCUAUGGAGAAAAGUGCCUCUACAAUGUCAGUGCCUAUGAUCAGAAGCCACAAGUGGGAAUGAGGCCCUCCAACCCCCCAACGCCGUCCAGCACUCCCGUGUCUCCCCUGCAUCAUGCCUCCCCGAACGCAGCUCACACCCCGAAGCCCGACCGGGCCUUCCCCGCUCACCUCCCGCCAUCCCAGCCCAUCCAGGACAACAGCUACCCAAUGGACCACAGAUUUCGACGCCAGCUUUCUGAGCCUUGUAAUUCCUUUCCACCUUUGCCUACGAUGCCGAGGGAAGGACGUCCAAUGUACCAACGCCAGAUGUCUGAGCCAAACAUCCCCUUCCCGCCCCAAGGUUUCAAGCAGGAGUAUCACGAUCCGGUUUAUGAACACACCACCCUGGUGGGCAGCGCGGGCAACCCCAGCUUCCCCCCACCUCUGAUGAUUAAACAGGAGCCUCGAGACUUUGCCUACGACUCAGAAGUGCCUAGCUGCCACUCCAUUUACAUGCGGCAAGAGGGCUUCCUGGUGCACCCCAACAGAACAGAGGGUUGCAUGUUUGAAAAGGGCCCCAGGCAGUUUUACGACGACACCUGCGUGGUCCCCGAGAAGUUCGACGGAGACAUCAAGCAAGAGCCGGGGAUGUACCGUGAGGGCCCCACCUACCAGCGGCGGGGCUCCCUGCAGCUGUGGCAGUUCCUGGUGGCCCUCCUCGACGACCCCUCCAACUCCCAUUUCAUCGCUUGGACCGGCCGCGGCAUGGAGUUUAAGCUGAUUGAGCCCGAAGAGGUGGCCCGGCGCUGGGGCAUUCAGAAAAACAGGCCGGCCAUGAACUACGACAAGCUGAGCCGCUCCCUGCGCUAUUACUACGAGAAGGGGAUCAUGCAAAAGGUGGCCGGAGAGAGAUACGUCUACAAGUUUGUUUGCGAUCCCGAGGCGCUUUUCUCCAUGGCCUUCCCGGACAACCAGCGCCCGCUGCUGAAGACCGACAUGGAGCGCCACAUCAACGAGGAAGACACCGUCCCCCUGUCCCACUUCGACGAGAGCAUGGCCUACAUGCAGGAAGGCGGCUGCUGUGACCCCCACCCCUACAACGAAGGCUAUGUGUACUAGCUACAGGACAGCGGGGCUGCCGGACGGGUCCCUCGGGCCUCUGCCUCUUUUGCCAAACUUGGAGAAGAAAAGAGGAAAAUACAUCAUUCUGUUGCUUUUUUAAAGAAUAGCCACACACGUACACACACAUCCACACACGCACACACACAGACACACACACAGACACACAUACUCACACACACUCA